AUGAGUUCCAGUAUGGCCGUAUUAAAAACGAGCUUGGAAUAUAAUGAACAGUGCCAGUACAGAGUUCUGAAGUAUGUUGUGGCAAGGAAAGACUACGGACGGUUGGACUACAACGCGAGGAUUGCACAAAGGAUACACAAAUACCUGGACAAUACGGAUCUACAAGUGCCCGACAUCAUCAUAUAUGACCACGUGUCAUUUAUGGCAAUAGUGCCAACAGCCAGAGCUUUUGAUCAUCUCAACGAUGAUGAGCAGAUAAUAGAUAUCACGGAAGAUAUCAUGACAGAGCCGCCAGUAGAGAAGAAGGAAAUGAACAGAUGGAUCAGCCUAUGUCUGACAUAUGUUGCAUCUAUCGAGAUUCCUAAGAAAGACAAAGUCUUUUGUCCUGCAGAGACACAAGUUGAAAACCUGAAGAAGGAUUCUCAUGUUAAACGAUUCCUGACAACUUCCUUCGAAAACGAAAUAUUUGCUUACGCUGAACAAGCCUUCAAAUAUGUCCGAUCCCGUCUGGAAGAGAAAACGGAAGAACAAGAGAAGUUGGAGAUGGUCGACCUAGAGAUACGUUCUCUUCUUGUGCGAAAGCUACCGGAACACGAUACAUCUGCUUUCUGUACACCCGACGAUCAAAUUGACAAGAACAGUUUCCUGUUUCAUUCUUCUCGGAAUAUUAAAGAGAAGCUAGAAAAUAAAAGUCUGCAGGGUUGUGGUGUCCGGGGAUUUUGCAACACAGUUGAUGGGAUCCUGGUGUUUGUAGUCCAGCCUGAAGAAUGUACUGACAGGACAGAUAUUACCAAUCGUAUUGGAGAGUGUUUGGGUGAAGAAAAAGCGGAAGUAGUGUGGGUCGAAUCCAUUAAGACAUCAGACUUAGCUGUCAAUGGUGAUAGACUUACCAAGAAGACAUCAAAAGACUGGGGAACCCUGGGCUGUUACGGUAGAAAGAAUGACAAUACAUUGGUAGCCAUCACCGCAGGACAUUGCGCAUCAACAGGAGAUACACUACAGAUAACAAAAUACAACAGCUUGUUAGAUUUUGGUGACUGCACAGAAAGCUACGAUCAACAAGAUGUCGACAUCGCAAUCAUAAAGAUCAAAUCGGACAUGAUUAUCCAUUGUCGUAAAAACUUUCAUAAUGAAAACGGUGAUGUUUGCGAGGUGUCUGUAUACCAGAAGGAUGAAUUAACCAACUGGCCAGUUCAUAAGAUAGGAGCAGCGACUGGUCACAUUUCUGGAAUUGUAUACAGUGGUGUUGCCCGUGUAUGUAAUGAAACAGGCGUCGUGAUAAGCGGCAACUCUGACAACGAAGUCUUCUCAGAACCGGGAGAUAGUGGCUCUAUCGUAUUCUUCUAUGACCCGACUGACGUAGACAACAGACGUGUAAAUCUGCUAUCCAUCGUCUCCAAACAGAUCGGGAUAAGAGGAUCAGGAACUAUUCCUAUUGGCCUCUCCAGAAAGCCAACGCUGACUCGAAGAUUGGAUCGUGGAUUAAAGAAGGCCGGUGACAUUAGGAUAUAAAAGUGAUUCACAUAAAAGGAAACUUGGAAACUCUUAUGGGUGUAUAUUUCUCCCUUAGUCUGUAUUUAUACAUAUUUAGUCUUGUAUUUCCAAUUAACUAAUAACAGUAAACUACUUGUACGACAAUAGUAUUUUAAUUUAUUUUAAUUUGAUUUUUUUUUGUUCAUCAGUGAUAAAAUCAAAUCACUUUCUCGGGCAAAAGCUACCGAUUGAAGCCGAAUUUGGCGCACAGAAUGUAUUUACGAGGACACAUGUACAAUAAUCAUUGAGGCCUGUCUCGCAGAAACGUCCGAAACUCGUGACAGCGAUUUGUCAAUUUUUGGCAAGAAGCAGAUGCCACAGUGCCACAUAUAUACACGCAUGUUAUGAACGAUUCUUUAGUUGGUGGAUUACCGAACUGUGGACAUUAAAGCUUGAAAAGACGUCUAACCACCAUGUGUUUGGCAUAUACUUGUUCCCGGCUUAAAGGUUUUUAAAGUGACAGAUAAUUUCUAGAACGCUAAUUUUUUAAUAUAUUUUACUGACAGUUUACAUACAUAUGUGUACUACCACAUCUUCUUUGUAUUACAUCAUUUGUGCCAAAGUCUUUAUGUUUUGUUAAACUUUUGUUUAAUUUUACAAGUUUUAUUUAUAUAAUCAUAAGGCGGAUUAUCAAGCCUAUUUAAUGAUAUAUAGAGGUUAC